UCGCCGGAGUACUUCCGGGUUGCUGUUGCAGUGGCGCUUUCGAUCGUGGGAGCCUCAGCCUCCCUGUCAUCCGGCGAGCCCGAGCAGCUGAGCCCCUUCCCUGUCUUUCACUCUUCGGGCGUCGGUGGUUUUACUUCUACGAGUGAACCCUGCUUCUCGACCCCCUUGGGAGGCCGCCUCCUUCAGGCGCCUCCCUUCUCUCCACGAACUCGCUCUGACAGCCCGAGGACCUGGCAAGAUCCGGCUACCCGGAGGGUGAAUGGGUAUCUUUCCCGGAAUAAUCCUAAUUUUUCUAAGGGUGAAGUUGGCUACGGCAGCCGUGAUUGUAAGCGGACACCAGAAAAGUGCCACUGUAAGCCAUGAGAUGUCUGGUCUGAAUUGGAAACCCUUUGUAUAUGGCGGCCUUGCCUCUAUUGUUGCUGAAUUUGGAACUUUUCCUGUGGACCUCACCAAAACAAGACUUCAGGUUCAAGGCCAGAGUAUUGAUGUUCGCUUCAAAGAGAUAAAAUACCGAGGAAUGUUCCAUGCUUUGUUCCGAAUCUAUAAAGAAGAAGGUGUCUUGGCUCUAUAUUCAGGAAUUGCUCCUGCUUUACUAAGACAGGCAUCGUAUGGCACCAUUAAAAUUGGCAUUUACCAGAGCUUGAAACGCUUAUUUGUAGAACGUUUGGAAGAUGAAACUCUACUGAUAAAUAUGAUAUGUGGGGUAGUGUCUGGAGUAAUAUCUUCUGCUAUAGCCAAUCCCACUGAUGUAUUGAAGAUUCGAAUGCAGGCUCAAGGAAGCUUGUUCCAAGGCAGCAUGAUUGGAAGCUUCAUUGAUAUAUACCAGCAAGAAGGUACCAAGGGUCUCUGGAGAGGUGUUGUGCCAACUGCUCAACGGGCUGCCAUUGUUGUGGGAGUAGAGUUACCAGUUUAUGAUAUUACCAAAAAACACUUGAUAAUGUCUGGAAUGAUGGGAGACACAAUUUUAACCCACUUUAUUUCCAGCUUUACAUGUGGCUUGGCCGGGGCUCUGGCCUCCAAUCCAGUUGAUGUUGUUCGAACUCGCAUGAUGAACCAGAGAGCAAUUGUGGGACAUGUGGAUCUCUACAAGGGUACUUUGGAUGGCAUUUUAAAGAUGUGGAAACAUGAGGGAUUUUUUGCACUCUAUAAAGGAUUUUGGCCAAACUGGCUUCGACUUGGACCCUGGAACAUCAUUUUUUUUAUUACAUAUGAACAGCUCAAGAGGCUUCAGAUCUAAGGACUCAAGUCUAUGUGAGCCAAGCCCUGUGACCUUUCUACUCAUUUCUUUCCCCUUUCCUCUUCUAUUGUAUUUUGACAGACUUGUAAGUGUUUACAGAACCACUGGUUUCCCCAUGACCUCCUGAUGGAAAAAUACUAGGAUGGUUCUAAAUUGUGUUUGUGUUACCAUGUUAACUUUUCCCUGAGAAAAACUGUUAACAUUGAGACUCUGGCCACAGAUUGGUAUCUUCUGUGAAGAUGGAUACUGAUGGGUGACAUUUAAAAUGGCCUUCUCUUGAAAUGUGGGUUAAAUGUAGUUGGUUAGCCCCAAAUUUGGGCCCUAGCAGAAGGCAUAGGCCAGGGCAGCUAUUGCUAUGUAUGUUACCGACUUCAGUUUUCAUUAAAGUAUUUAUUGUCAGUAAAA